CAUUACCACAAGCUUGCAUUCUACAUACCUUGCAGUUCUGCCACCUCCACCAUGCCUCGGCUCGUUCGCCGCCGACCGUUGGCAGAGCGCAUCGCAUCGUACCUGAACCCUUUGGACUUUCUAUUGUGGCUCUCUGAGGAAAUUGAUACUCAUGACUGGGAUCAGUUUGAGAAAGACUGGGCGUUGCCGCUUGGUGUGCUGCUGAACUUGACCUUCCUCAUAGCGCGAGCCAAUAGUCAGACAAGUGGUAGUCAAGCUAUAGAUGAUGUUUUUGGUGACGAUGAAAGCACACCUUGGCUGAGUUGGCUGGCAUCCUUUAUCGUACAUUUCCUCACGACUUUCUCCGCGUUCAACGCCUUCUAUACCUUCUAUCGAAAACGCCACUAUCGCAUGUUCGAAGCCUCGAUUGACCGUGCCCCUGCGACACCAUCCGCGCAUCGAGUGAGAGUCGACUCGACGCCCGUCACUGCAUCGCCUCUGCGAUACUUGGCCGAGGCGGUUUCUGGAUCGGCACAAUCGAGAGCGCACCCGGAUGCUCAACGCGAUGUUUGGGAGCUUGCGGUGUGGGACCCCCUCCCGAUUUGCAUCCGUCUGUUUUGCCUGUUCAGCCCCGGUCACGUUCUAGUCUACUGGCUCUUCUUGCCGACUCAUCUGUCCGAUCCUCGCCCCAGCGUGACCAUCGUGACCUCUAUCUUCCUGGCAGCUCUGCUUUCAGUGCAGAUGACAUUCCUGUCCUCAUCUUAUGCGCAGCAGGCCAAGGACUCUAUGUUGGUUCACAAAGAGGUUCUCCGGGAAUAUGACACCAAAUUUGUGCAUCCGCGGACACAGCCUCUGAUGAGGGAUGUGGGAACUCAGUUUUCCGAGUCCGAUGCCGAUGUCAAACACAAUAAGGUCGACACGUUCACGCCGACCUUCGUCAUUCACCGAGGAUUCAAGACAAGCCCGAACCCGAACUAUAUCAAGCACAUUGACCCCGAAGGAUUUUCGUCCGGGCAACAAUCUGCAGCGGCUACACCUAGUGGUCCUACAUAUCGCUCAACCACCCUUCAAACCCCUAGUCAUCUGAGAGACGCUUCCCCUGUUGUCCGCAACCCAGUUUCAUCGAUACGGCAACCUCAAUUUCGACGAACUCCAACAGGCACAGGCGAUGGAGGUAGCCUCGGAGUUUAUUCACACGCCAAUUCUCCCCUCAGAAAGUCUGUCUCGGCGAAUCUAGAUCGCCGGCUUCAAAGUAAUGGGGACUUUUUCUAUAAAGAGCGCGGUACAAGCGCAGUGAAGAGACAAUCAAGUCCACUCAAACGGAGCAAUGUGCCUGGCGGCGAAAGUCCAGCCACGCCAGGUCCUAGACGGAGUCAAGUUGGCGCACGCCGUGAAACAACUCAUUUCUUGUUGUAAUCAUUCGCUAUAUGUCCCUCUCUCACUUGCCCGGGUUGGCAGCCAAAAAAAACAUUCGUUUCCUGUACAAAUCAUGUCAGCAACUUUGCCACAUGGCGAUUUGUGGUCUGUCAUUCUCUUAAGCAUCAGGUACGGCGUUUAGUGUGUUCAUAUGAUAUUCAAUCGUGAUUAUUUCCUUGUUUCUGGGAUAUGCUUUUCUCAAAAGGCGUGAAAGAUUUCCAGUCAUAUUCCGGAAUGGAGGCCCAAUAACCAGCC